UUUUAGUUAGUUCAUAAAAAGACUGCGAAACGAAAGCAACGAUAUUAUUAAGUAGGAAAUCGACAAAUGAGCAAUAAGCAGCUCGGAGCAAAAUAAUAAUAUAAAUAAUAACAGUAAUAAUUGAAACGAACGAAUUAAGUUUUAAGCGGGAUUUUAAACAUAAAAAAAAAAUAUUUAUUAUUAAACCUACCUAAAUAAAGUCAAUUUAACGAAGCUGUGAAUAUAUUAAUUAAAAAAUAAUUUAAUAUAAAAUUAAGAAAAAAACUCAACGCUAAUUAAUUUAACCAGUUAAACACGUGACUGCAAAACAGAAAUUAUUUGAACUUUAACGCACGUGUGAUAUCAAAAGGACUUUUCAAACAAAAAAAUUGAGAAGAAUCUCAUUUACAUUCGAGAGCAACAAGUAAAAGAGAGCAGGAAAUAAGUGGCUUCCUUUAGAGAAGCUCAUAAUAACAUUAAUUUUUACAAGGGCCAAAAGAUGUUUUCAUGCUACAGCAACAGUCAAAACACAAUGUCUACACCAAACAAAAUAAUCAUAACAAAUCCCACAGCGCAACGAACAAAACAGUUAACAAGUUUAACAGUGCUAACGUUAACAGUGCUAACAGUAUUAACAGUAAUGCCGACCAAUUCAAAUGCUGCUGCGAUAAAUGCCGCCAAAAUGUCUUCCCCAACCCAUUCCUCACCGAACACCGAAACAGUAUUACCAGCCAGCACUGCAGAAGCAAUAUUAAGCAACAGCCAACCAGCUGUACUACAACAGCUGAUCGAGAGUAUAUCAACAGGUGGACAACGUGCACGGCGUAGGCGACUGCGCAAGCGUCACACGUAUUUGAGUAGUUUGGCAAAAAACGAUGCAGCGUCGACGACACUCGAAUGGGAGAAUCCAUGCGGAUAUGUACGUGAGCAAGAUACAACACCGAGCACUUUCAGCAUUAUUAAGAGUCGUAGAGAGGUGCUGCGUUCUCUACGCAGUAUGCUACGUAUGGAAAAUUCGACAAUAAAUAACUUACAUGCGAUAAACGUCGGUAAUAUAUCCGAGUGGCGUCAACAUAUUACAAAAUAUAGAUUUCUGCCAACACUGAAUCGAACAGCUAAAAUCGAUCUCCAUCACUGGCAUCGCGCCAUGCAGAAAUUCGUUGGCUCCUUCGCUGAUUUGGGUGUUAAACAAUAUCGCUGGGAUAUGGAAAAUCUACAAGUCACAAGCGACAUCACACACGAACUCAACUCACUACUGAUCAGCGCUAGGCGUACGCUCUGCAAGCUGGAAUCUGCCAUCAUCUCUGUAAAUCCAAAAGCGAAAAUCCGCACAAUAACACGUGAGGAGAUGCACACGAAAUUGAAUUUCUAUUCAAAGGACUUAGAGUCUGUCACCCAGCUGGGAGUUAAUGGAAAAGACUUGCUUUUCGCCAAACACCGUUAUAGCAAAUACGUGCACCGUAUGUUGCAAAUAGUACGACGUAAAUUGCCCGCUCGCAAAGUGCACAGAGCAACAGCUAAAUCAACGGCUAACAGUUACAGCGAUGAGAGCAGCAGCAAUAGUCAAUGGUUGGAUUUGUCUGAUCUGGAAGGAUUUGAUGCUUCUGUCAUACAGCCAGCGAGUGGCAUGAUGAGCGAUGAAGCGUUGUUGCUGUUAGAAGCGUGAAGAGUAUGAGAUGUUGAGUUAUGAGUUAAGAGAACUUAAAGUGCUGCAUGCAUAUAUACAAUAUAUGUGCAUGUGUGCAUGUGAACUGCUCCCAGUAUGUGCCAUUUAUAGUUAAACUAAAAGAAGCUAAGUCCGCAGUCAGCAUGUGUGUGUGUGCGUAUGUGCGUGCAUAACAGCCGUUCCGCCAACGCCGAAUAGACCUUCCAUUAGUUUUUAAGUAGACAAAAAAUUUAGUGUUUAGACCAGUGUUCCUCCUUAAAGUAUGCAUCACAUUAUUUAUUUAUUUAUUUAUGACUUUAACAUUUGUUGCAUUCAUUUAGGCGUAAGAGCGCAUUGCACAUUAAAACAAUAUUUAUUAUAUUCAUGUCACACAUUUAGCUGUUAAGUUUUGUUUUUAAUUUAUUUAUUGUAAUUAAGUUUUUAUUGUAAUAUGUAUUAAUUUAUUAAAUUUUGUAAUAGGUAGUUAGAUCACUUUUCAAAUUAUCAAAUUCUUUACCCAACGGUAUUAUUUACUAUACAUACAAAAAUAAAUUUGUACGCGUGUAUAAAAGAAAAAGUGUAUGUUUGUAUUUGUAUUUUUGUGCUAAAUAAAUAUGUAGUUGCGUGCAUUUUUAUACCAGCUGUGAUUAGUUUAGCCACUUAAUUAAUUAAUUAAUUUAUUUAUUAUUUAUUUAUUUAUUUAUUUAUUAUAUGCAGUUAAGUAGACUUAAACAUAAAAGUUGUUUUUGUAAUUUUCUAAAAAUGAUGAUA